AUGGUGAACUGCCCUAGAGGUCCAGCCGCUGAGGUGACGGAGAAGUGGUGUCAAGGCUCAGAGAGGUACCUGAUGGUGGGUACUCUUCUGGUGGAUAACCUGAUGAUUAAAGGGCGGGCGGAGGACCCCGGCCGGACCAUCGAGCUCACGUUACUGGACAACACAGAUUACUGGUUCCUCCUGGACCCAACCCGACAAAGGCUCUACCUCAACAGCACCGGCCGCGUCCUGGACCGAGAUCCCCCAGUCUCGAUCACUACACUCGUGGUCAGGGUGGAGUGCCGAAACCUAAUCAUCGGUAACACCAUCCGGCACGAGGUCCGUGUCAUCCUGCGAGACAUCAACGACAACGGCCCCAUAUUCCAACACCCCAGCUAUUACGUCGCUGUCAACGAGCUCACACCAGUUGGAUUAACAAUAUACUCUGGCUUUGCUGGACAAAAUGGAGCAGUGGACAUUGAUGAUGGACCCAAUGGACAAGUGGAAUACAGCGUGCUUUAUAACCCCAAUGACACAGACUCCAACGACACCAUACGUGUCGCCAACACGCUCUCGGGGCACAUAGCGUUGAACAGAAGACUGAACUACGAAGAGAAAACUCGCUAUCUCGUUCUAAUACAGGCGAAUGACCGCGCUGGCUUCGGCCCCAACAGGAGGACCGCCACCACCACCCUGACCGUGGACGUCCUGGAUGGAGACGACCUGGGCCCCAUGUUCCUGCCAUGUAACCGGGUCAACAACACUCAGGACUGCACGCCUCUGACUUACCACGUGGCCAUCCCCGAGUUCACCGAUCCGAAAAAGCUGAAUCCUCUGAAUGUGACCCCUGAAAUCCGAGCCGUUGACAUGGACCAAAACAUCCAGCCGCCAUCGGACCGGCCGCGCAUCCUCUACUCCAUCCUGCUCGGUCAGCCGAACACGUUUGCCCAGUACUUCUCCCUGAACAGGACCACUGCAGAGCUGCGGGUGCUGCAGCCCAUCAGCAGAGACCUGUACCAGCGCUUCACCCUCAUCAUUAAGGCUGAGCAGGACAACGGACACCCUCUGCCCGCAUUCGCCGACCUCAUUAUCGACAUCCUUGACGAGAACAAUCAGGCCCCUUAUUUCCAGUUUGCCACUUACCAGGGCUUCGUGAGCGAGUCGGCCCCUGUGGGAACGACCAUAUUCUCCAGCACCAACCUCACCGAACCCCUGGGAAUCAUCGCGCUGGAUAAUGACAUCGAAGAGCUGGCUCCCGGUGAUACUCCUACCAAAGACCCCAUGGUGACUAUUACAUUGAAUGACUACACGACCAUCUUCAGCCUGACACCAUCUGGUUUAGUGCGUCACCUGAGGCUGCUCAAGCCCGUGGACAGAGAGACCCAGCCGACCUAUUCUUUCACGAUGGUGGCCUCAGACGGCGUGCAGCAGAGCCAGCCAGUCACGGUCAACAUCCUGGUCAUCGACGCCAACGACAACACGCCGACGUUCCCCAAGGUCUCCUACAGCGUGGAAGUGUUCACGGACAUGCAGCAUGGGGAGACCGUCAUUCAGCUGAGUGCGACGGAUGCAGACGAGGGGCUGAACGGCUUGGUGACCUAUGAGAUUGUGUUGGGGGCUCAGGGCGACUUCAUCAUCAAUAAUCGCAGCGGCCGCAUCUCCAUCGCCCCAGGAGUCAACCUUGUGGUGGGGAGGUCCUACACACUCACUGUGAGGGCUUCGGACAGCGCACCUGAGGCACAGAGAAAGAGCUCCAUCACCACAGUGUCCAUCGAGGUGCUGCCUCCCAACAACCAGAGCCCCCCACGCUUCCCCUUGGCCAUCUACAACCUGGAGGUCAGCGAGGCCAUGAGGAUUGGGGCCAUUCUGCUCAACCUGCAGGCCACAGACAGAGAGAAUGACCCCAUCACGUAUACCAUCGUGAGAGGGGAUCCACAGCAAGUCUUCAACCUGACACGCACGAUUGGCCUUCUACUGUUGAGGAACCCGCUGGACCGUGAGACCACUGACCAGUACCGCUUGAUCGUCACCGCUUCAGACGGGAACCCAGGAGGAACCUCCACUACCACUGUGGACAUCGUAGUCACCGACGUCAACGACAACGACCCACUGUUCAAUGUCACCACCCCUUCCAACUUCACAGUCAGAGAGGAGGAGGCCAAUCUUUUCGUGGGACAAGUUACGCUUCAGUACAAAAAAGAGGGGGGGGAUGUGUUUGAAUUUGCAGCCAGAAGCGCCCUGGAGCUCUUCCCACCACAUCUUCUGUCUGCCCGUCUGUCUUACCUUCCAAGGGUUUCUGUGCUGGCCUCAAACCAACCUGAGCAGAGAAAUUCUGCCGUGGAGGCGGAACAGGUGUCCACAGCCACAGCUAGCGGGUAUGGUAAUGCCGUGGUGGCGGCAAGAGCUAGCAUCAUCACAGACACUGUGACAGAUCCCAAAGGGAACCUGGAGGUAGAGGAUGAUAAUCAAGAAUCUCAACAGGAUUUGAACGCACUGGACCUCUUCGUGGAGUUGAGGAUACUUCGAGAGAUGAUCCCAAAGGGAACAACUACAGCCCUUAAAACACUUCGUAACGGUGGCAUCAGGGGAGCGAAGCUUUUCAAAGCUUAA